UUUUUUGGAGGGGAGGGGGAGUGUUUGUUUUGAUUUUCAGCGUUGCUGGUUGUUGGCGUCGGCGACGUUUUGUCAGGCUUGCCUGGCAGAAGCACCAGUGGAGCGGCUGGGAGCAACACUAGCUGAGAUCUCUUUCCAUCAACAACUUUCAUACCGAAAAUGAACAGUUUAGCGUUUGCUCCGGCCAACCACUACCACCAGAAUUCAUCAUGGAAGAAAUGGUUGGAACACUUACUCAAGAAUUUCAAAAACCUAGAGUUGAGAGAAGCUGGUCUUGUGCUGCAUUCUGGCCUCACUUUAUCCAGGUCGAAAGGGUUUAAGAUAACAAACAAAGAAUUGCAGCAUAUAGGAAACUGCUUCUGUGAUCCAACCAUCGAACUAAUCUCUUUAAAUGGAAUUACAUACUGCAUAAAAGUGUUCACACCGACGCAGCUGGUGGCUUUCAAUGGUGCUCGCUAUGUUGUCAUUUCAAAAACACAAUCUAUGUUCAUCAUUUUGCUGUGUUCUAGUCCAAAGAAAAGCAGAGCAUUGUCCGAUUGGUUAAAAAUUGCAGCUUCCAAGAUAAUCGAUCCUCAACCAUGACAUUCAUUAUAUUUUCUCUAUUUUCUUACCUUCGACAUUUUUUAACAGGAGUAUCAACCGAAGCUUCA